AGAUUGUCCAUUAGCUUUACAUUUUCUCCCUUCUCGCUCGCGCUCUUCCCAAAGCCAAACGAAGAGGAGAGAGAGAGAGACAAGGGAAAAACGCGUAUUACCCUGCCGUGAGUCUCACCGUCUGAUUCUCCUCCCCCGCGGAGCCAAUAUUAUUACCGGCGUCUGCCUCCCGACCUAUUUGGAUAUGUCUUCCUCCCCCUUUUCCAUUUAGGGUUCUUUCCCCAACAAUGAAUCCGCCUUCUUCUUUCUGAAUAUUAAACGAUCAUCCACGGAUUUUCGAUCUCCAAGGGUUAGGUUUAGGUUCAGGGCUUCCUCACGAAUGGAAGCGUCCGGUUUAAAUUCGGACGCUUACAGGAAUUCUUCUUCUUCCACUAAUCAUUCCCGAAGACAUGGAAUGCAUAUUUCUGCCUCUAACAUUCUUCGAUCGCCAUUGUCAACUUUAUUAGAGUAUACUGGAGUUCUCAGAACGAGGUCAAACCACUCAGAAUCAGACAUUUUACUGAAUAGUGGAGCUAACCUUGGUUAUCGAGAUCACCACUUGAAUGACUCUGCACCUUCCCCAGUUGCAAACAGCAGUGUCAGUGCUGGAGAGGUUUCAAUUAGGAUCAUUGGUUCUGGUGAACACGAGAAUGAUAGGGUUGCCACCGUGUUGCAUCCAGUUCCGACUGUUGAGCAGCUCAGUGUACAGUCCGAGUCUUAUUCACGCCCAAUUUCAAGGUCAGGGUCCGCAAUUUCUGUCUUGUCCUCAUUGGAGAGUCAGGUUGAUUUGAGGAGUGAUCGCGAGGCAGGAGAGGGAGUUACACAUACGGUGAAUCCAGGCAGUGAUACAGAUGCUGCUGACGGAGGUGGCGUCACUAACAGGGACUCAUCAUCUUCUUACCAGAGAUAUGAUAUACAGCAGGCGGCUCGGUGGAUUGAGCAGGUCCUUCCUUUCUCUUUGCUUCUGUUGGUUGUGUUCAUACGUCAGCACUUGCAAGGGUUCUGUGCUACCAUAUGGAUUGCUGCUUUCAUGUUUAAAUCGAAUGAUAUAGUACGGAAGCAGACAGCACUUAAGGGUGAGAGGAGAAUAUUUCUUCUCACUGGCAUUGCCAUUCUUUUCACACUUCACGUGGUUGGGAUUUACUGGUGGUAUCGGAAUGAUGAUCUACUAUAUCCGUUGCUCAUGCUGCCACCAAGAACUAUACCACCUUUCUGGCAUGCAAUAUUUAUUAUCAUGGUUAAUGAUACACUGGUCCGUCAGGCAGCGAUGGUCUUUAAGUGCAUGCUAUUGAUGUAUUACAAAAACAGUAGGGGUCAAAACUAUCGUAGGCAGGGUCAAAUGCUAACUUUAGUUGAGUACCUGCUUCUGCUUUAUCGUGCACUACUGCCUGCCCCAGUUUGGUAUCGUUUCUUUUUGAACAAAGAAUAUGGGAGCCUUUUCUCAUCACUAAUGACUGGACUGUACUUAACUUUCAAGCUUACAUCUGUUGUUGAGAAGGUCCAAUCAUUCAUUACUGCUCUGAGAGCAUUGUCUAGGAAAGACAUCCAUUAUGGAUGUUAUGCUACAUCUGAACAGGUCGUUGCAGCAGGAGAUCUUUGUGCCAUUUGCCAAGAAAAAAUGCAUGCACCUGUCCUUCUACGGUGCAAGCACAUAUUUUGUGAGGACUGUGUGUCUGAGUGGUUUGAGAGAGAACGGACUUGCCCUCUGUGCCGGGCAUUGGUGAAACCGGCUGAUCUUAGAUCAUUUGGUGAUGGAUCAACCAGUCUAUUUUUUCAGUUAUUUUAAAUCCAGCAAGUUUUGUGCCCCCCAACAUUCAGAGAAGCUCGGUCCCGAUCAUCCCAACAUUUGCAUAGCAAAAUUUAACUGUAACUAUUGUGUUUAUUGUCACUGACAUAUGUAAACUGCAGUGGCUGAUAGAAAUGCACCAUUCUGUUCAUACAUUGUAAUCGAAAAUGCCUCUCAAGGGUUCCUCUUACAGGAGUUUUACCAUAGUGGCCAAUGGUAUAUGCAAAACAACUUGUCAUAUAUAAAAGCUUCUUUUUUUUUUUUAA